AUGACUUUGUUCGCUGAAGAUGCCGCAAUUACUGAGAGAUAUCACAACAUCAAAGGAGGCAAGUGGAGGCCGGUCAUGAAUCAGGUUCACCUUGGCUACACUUCAUGGAACGAUCCCGUGACUAACACCAAUGUCAUGCCGGCGUUGAACUAUGUGGCGGACCCAGAGGGUGUUCAGGGUAUAGGUGUCGCCGUUCAAGGCAGUGCAGCAUCCUAUCCUUGA